GCCACCUUGAGAAGAAUCCAACACCAAACCCAAAAAACGACAUUUCCAGGCGCGACCGCCUCAGGCGGACCCAUACGGAGGUACCUAUCUAAGCAUCGCCCAUAAUCCCAGCACUUCCCAUUUUCACAAACAACAUCCCACGACGCCGCCGAGCCGACUAUACGCCAUCGUAACACUUCGAGACUCACAGCCGAAAUCAUCGCCCCCCACCCGUCGCCAUACUAGCGCCCACAAACCGACAAAAUGCAAGGCUUCAAUAUGGGGCGGUACAUCCCGCCCGACGCCGCCGGCACCGUGACGUCGGGCAACCGCUUGCACAAGAAGCACCCGCUCGGCUCGCGCGCCGCCAAGCUCGCCUCGCAGGGCAUCCUCGUCGUGCGCUUCGAGAUGCCCUUCGCCGUCUGGUGCGCGCACUGCCCGCAGCCGACGCCCAUCGGCCAGGGCGUACGCUUCAACGCCGAGAAGCGGCGCGCCGGCAGCUACCACAGCACGCCCAUCUGGUCCUUCACGCUCAAGCACGCCGCGUGCGGGGGCGAGAUCGAGAUGCGGACGGAUCCCAAGAACAGCGAGUUUGUGGUUGUCUCCGGCGCCAGGAGGAGGGAGUACGGCGGGGAUAAGGACGAAGACGAGAGUUUGGUUGGGGGCGGGUUCGUGAUCACCACGGAGCGGGAACGGGCCGAGCAGAGGGAGAGUGCGUUUGGUAGGUUGGAGAAGACGAUUUCCGACCGGGAGCGGCUCGUCGGGGCGACCCAGAGGUUAGGGGAAUUACAGGACGUGGCCGAUCGGCAGUGGGAUGAUCCGUACGCGCUGAAUCAGCGGUUGAGGAAGGCGUUUCGGGUUGGGAGGCAUGCGAGGGAGAAGGAGGCGGCCAAGGCGGAGGACUUGAAGAAGCGGAUGGGGCUGGGAAUCGAGUUGCUUCCGGAGAGGGAAGAAGAUACGGAAAGGGCGAAGUUGAUUGAAUUUGGCAGUUUGGAUGUUGACGCGGUUUCUGGGGUGGUUAAGGCUCUGACACGACCGCUGUUCGACAAUGGGUCAAACAGGCCGGAUAAGACAGAUGACGAUGGGGCCUUGACUAAGCGGCCUGGCCGACUCAAAUCGGAGAUUGCGGCAUCACGAACGCGCGACAACCUUGUCUCGGAGAUCGUCAGCAACACACGCGCUGCGAAAGACCCGUUUUUGAAUUUUGGCAGCAGGGAGAGCAACCCCAAGAGACCUGUGCGGCUGCCGGGUCUCAAGAGGAAAAGAGUGGCGGAAGAGACACCAGACACGUCACCAUCUGCUACAGAAGAGGUGGACAUACCCAAAGGGACGGCUGGCACGACCGCUUUGGUGAACUACGACUCGGACUGAGCUUGACGGCUGGACGCUUACUUUGUAUAACUAAACGAUACAGGAUGAUACCCCGGGACUAAUGAUUGGAGCAAGGUUUUAUUAACGAUGAGGCACCCCCUCCCCUUCCAAUCCCUUGAAGCUCAGUUGACCAAGUGACUCCUCAGGCCUUCGUGACAACAUGGAUUGGGGUUCCGCCCAUUUGCCUGGACUCCCGGUCUCAACUGGCGGUGACCAGUAUCUGAAAUUCAUUUGCUGGAAGAUUGUGUAUCGAAAUUUGCAAAACCGCCAAAUCACGCCAAACUACCGUUCAACCAGGCCGCUCAACCAGGCCGCUCAACCGUAUACUCCAGGAUGGCAAAGAAAUGGGAGUGGAGUGGAUAGGAAGCCCAGGCAAAAUCGAAAGAGGGAAAGAAAACCAAAGCCUGCCGUAUACAACUCCGUCCAAACCCAUUAAGCCCAGUGCCUGUGAAUGAAAAGG